UCUUCUUGUUGCAGUACGAAAGUAAACAUUCCGUCAACGAUCGAUCAUCGACUGCCCACUGUGCCCAGACAAGUUAAAAAUCACUCUUUUUAAUUUAUCAGACAAGUGAAGUUGUACGUCACAACAUGGCAGCGGCAGCACAAGACCCACGUAUUCGCAACAUUAAGAUAAAAACCGGCGUCUUAAAAAGACUUGUGAAGGAGAAGACGAUGUACGAGAAGGAGGUGACUGAUCAGACGGCCAAAGUUGAACGGAUGAAAGCAGAGGAGCAAGACGAACACAAUAUCAGGAAACAGCAAGAAGUCCUUGAGGAAUCCAAGAUGAUGAUCCCAGAUUCUAACAGGAGGAUAAAGACGGCUUUUGCAGAACUGAAAAAUUUACUGGAAACUACGGAAGAAUUAAAAGAAGACGAGAACUACCAGACGGCCUCCACCCUCAUAGAGGAAGUUAGCCCCAACAUCUAGGAGGAUGCACGAUGUGCUCUGUGGUCUACACAUCUGCCUCAACAAAAUAACCAAGGGAUUUUAAGUCAAGUCCUGAUAAGAACUACUCAAUUCAUUCGUCAUAAAAGGGUUGUCACUUUCCUGAGAUUUAUGUGUAUAGACCAUGUUGACAAACUUUAAAUUUGAGGUCAUGUGAUGGUCAUGUGAUGGUCAUGUGAUACCGACUUUCAGCAUGUUGUUUUACACCAUCAAAGGAACUUCUCUUGAUGGCAAUUUCUUUAAAAAAAUCUUGAUUUUUUUUUUUAAAUCCUGGAGCCGUUUUUUUAAGAAUUUCUAUGCCAAAUAGUCUGUUUCCUCUGUGUCAAAUUUGCAUUCCCAAUUUUCAUUUAAAUAUUGCUCUUAAUUUGCUUGUAACAAAAUGUAAGUAUUAUUCAAUUAUAACUUUAAUUCAUACAAGCAGUUGAUGGGAUUUUUCAAACCAGUAACCGAGACCUUUAAAACAAAACAAAACAUUUAAAUUUAAUUAGUGAAAUGGUAGGAUCAAAACAACGGUUGAAGCAUUGAAAUUGGGACCAUAUUCUCUUCAUAUUAUUGGAAUUAAAAAGCAGCUUUUAUUAUGAUAACUUAA